AUGGAGUCCUCCUUGCCCCUCUCGGUGAACGAAACUCAGGGCGAGCGCGUUGUGGUCCACAAUAAGGCAGCCAGCCAUGGAGCAGGCGGAAUCGUAAUGCCGGCUGGGGUCUACCUCGACGGGGACGAUGAGAGCGAGCUGGCGCAGGCGGAGAAGGGGGAGACUGUGUCACUCCCCCUCAACAAGCUCGGCUUGAUCGACAUCUACUUCGCAACGGACGCCCAGACCUUCAAUCCGAACGAUUAUCAUCCACUACUUGAGGGACGCCUAUCAAAGGACGAAUUCUUGGACUUCCUCUCUCACCUCAAUCAGGAUAUAAGGGAGCAGGUGGGCGGCCAGGUGAAGAAGGGCUGGAUCUACGCUACGUUGGCUCUGAUCUUGGUGUGGGUGCUGCUGUCGCUGUGGCACGGCGCCAAGGCCUUCAAGCACCACAACGCCAGCAUCAUCGACUUCUUCCCCAUGCCCAUCUUUAUCGGCUUCAUGAUCUUCCUCAUCAAGAGGACCAGCAGCCGCCGUACUGCCCAGAACGUGGCGCGAGCGGUGACGUCGGCGUGCAAGCAGCUGAACGACAAGUACGGUAAGCGCGGUCUUCACUUCCGGUUCGUGUACGACAGAUACGACUCUGAGAACGCGAACCUCCUCGAGAUCGAGAUCGUCCCGGUCCCCCCUCAGGCGGCGCUGCUGCUGGUGGUGGGGCCACCCAAGUAA